GUGCCCGCCGGGCUCCCGGCGCCUGUACGCAGGGGCCUGACGCGGCAGCUGACUCGGCCGUCGCGGCGGCGCUUUGGGGCGGCGACGAGGCCGUCAGCGCGGGUCAGGACCGCGCGUCGCCGCUCUCGGACUUCGACGGGGUCCGGCCGACUCGCUCGGGAGGAGGCGUGCCUCUGCGCCGAGCCCUGUCCCGCAAAGUGACCACCGCGAUCACGUCGGCGGCGUGCGCGGGCCCCACCCCCGCGGUGGGUUGCCGGCGCAUUGGCUCAUCCUGCGUGCAGAUCGCCGGCGUCUCGUACGCAGCCGCCACGGCCGGCGGCCCGUGGGCGAGCACCGCAUGGCCCGGCACCGGCGCCGCCGAGAGUCGGGCGGUCAUGGUCUCGUUGAUGAUUUUCAUGAUGCUGUACAGUCCCACCCAGCAGCUGCUGGGGAUGUGCAUGACGAUGCUGAGCCGGACCUUCGAGUUCCAGGCGGACAGCUUCGCGUACGACAAGGGCAUGGCGGACGCCCUGUGCAGCGGGCUAUUCGAGAUCCACGAGGAGAACAAGGGCGACCUGAACCCGGACCCGUGGUAUGCGUGGUACCACUUCUCGCAUCCGCCGCUGGUGGAGCGGCUGCGGGCCCUGAAGGCCCUGCAGGCGAAGGACGGCGGCAAGAAGGAGCAGUGA